AUGAACGGAGGCGCCGCCCCACCAUCGGUGGCGAGCGCGGCCACGGCCGCCGCGACGCCGCCUCACCGGCGGCUGCCGGACUUCCUCCAGAGCGUGAACCUCAAGUACGUCAAGCUGGGGUACCACUACCUCAUCACCCACCUGCUGACGCUGAUGCUGCUCCCGCUGAUGGCCGUGAUCCUCCUCGAGGCCGGGCCCACCGACCCCGACGACCUGCGGCAGCUGUGGCUCCACCUCCAGUACAACCUCGUGUCCGUGCUCGUCCUCUCCGCCGUGCUCGUGUUCGGCGCCACCGUGUACGUGCUCACCCGCCCCCGCCCCGUCUACCUGGUGGACUUCGCCUGCUACAAGCCGCCCGCCCACCUCCAGGUCCCGUUCGAGGAGUUCAUGCGCCACUCCAAGCUGUGCGGCUUCUCCGAGGACGCGCUGGAGUUCCAGCGCAAGAUCCUGGAGCGGUCCGGGCUCAGCGAGGAGACGUCCACGGGCGUCAAGCCCAAGGACGUUGGCGUGCUCGUGGUGAACUGCAGCCUCUUCAACCCCACGCCGUCGCUGUCGGCCAUGAUCGUGAACAAGUACAAGCUCCGCGGGAACAUCCGCAGCUUCAACCUCGGCGGGAUGGGGUGCAGCGCCGGCGUGAUCGCCGUGGACCUGGCCCGCGACAUGCUGCAGGUGCACCGCGGCACCUACGCCGUGGUGUCGAUGCUGAUCCCGAACUGCCUGUUCCGCGUGGGCGGCGCGGCGGUGCUGCUGUCGAACCGCGGCGCGGACCGGCGGCGCGCCAAGUACUCGCUGAGGCACGUGGUGCGCACGCACAAGGGCGCGGACGACAAGGCGUUCAACUGCGUGUACCAGGAGCAGGACGGCGAGGGCAAGACCGGCGUGUCGCUGUCCAAGGACCUGAUGGCCAUCGCGGGCGGCGCGCUCAAGACCAACAUCACGACGCUGGGCCCGCUGGUGCUCCCCGUGAGCGAGCAGCUGCUCUUCUUUGCGACGCUGGUGGCGAAGAAGCUGCUGAGCGCCAAGAUGAAGCCCUACAUCCCGGACUUCAAACUGGCGUUCGAGCACUUCUGCAUCCACGCGGGCGGGCGCGCGGUGAUCGACGAGCUGGAGAAGAACCUGCAGCUGAGCCCCGCCCACGUGGAGGCGUCCCGGAUGACGCUCCACCGGUUCGGCAACACCUCCAGCAGCUCCAUCUGGUACGAGCUCGCCUACAUGGAAGCCAAGGGCCGCGUCCGCCGCGGCCACCGCAUCUGGCAGAUCGCCUUCGGCAGCGGGUUCAAGUGCAACAGCGCCGUGUGGCACGCCCUGCGCAACGUCAAGCCGUCGCCCGACAACCCCUGGGAGGACUGCAUUGACCGCUACCCGGUGGAGCUCGUCGACGGCUUCCCCACGCACAAGCCGCAGCAAUAG